UGGGGUUUGUUUCAGCUGUUGCCGCGCCAGUCUCAUUGUGUUUUUGCAUCGCGAGCGGGACGGUCGUCGAUUCGGGUUCGAACUGGAAUCGGAAAUAGCGGUCUAGCGGGCCUUUCUGCCUCUCUGUGUGCUUUUGGAAAAAGUUUGCUUGAAAAAUGUGUAAAGAAAGCGGCGCCGCCGAGUGAGUGCGUGUGUGUGUUUUUAUGUGUUUGCAAAUACAAAAGUAAAACAGCCCCAAAGGCAACAACAAAGUGGCGGCGUUGGCGGCUACAGCGCAGUAGCAGCGACGCAGCGGAGCAGCAGCAGUGCAGCAGCAGCGACGUCCAGUGCAUUUUGGUGCAAACUAAUUGUUGUUGUGAGAGCGAAUGUGUUUCAAUAAUGUUACUGCCUUCGGGGCGUUCGAAUAGUGAUGUCUAUCCGCUACAAAAUGCCGCAAACACAACAGCAACAUCGACCGGAGGAGCAACAUCAGCUGGUGGCGCGGGUGGAGCAGGCGGAGUUGGAGGCGUCUGCGGAGGCGUAGGAGCAACAUCCAAGCACAAGCCCUUGCUACUGACACGAACAUCAUCGCCUCAAUUGACAACGCUGCCGACAACAAAUGGCUCUGUUGUCCAUGCCACGCCCACCCGCUCCAACGGAUGUCCGCUGCCCCAAUCCUCCGGAAUCCCAGUGACAAUGGCAACAACAGCCACGGCAAUGGCUACAGCAACACCAGCCACAACUGGAUGUACGUUAGUGGAGGGUACAGCAUCGACGGAGCUGAGCACUGGGCUAGCAAAUGGAACUAACUGCGGCACCGGGAUCUAUGGGCCACUUCUGGGUCAAAGUCAUGGGGGCGUCAUCGCUGGCAUGGCCGAAAAUUGGCCAGAAAUUGAUGGACACUUGGAGGCCAUACAGGAAAAGCUCAAGCCCGGCUGGAGUGUUCAUGUGGGCAAGGAGGGCAGGCUCUACUAUUGCAAUCACAUGACACAAUCUGCGGGUUGGCUGCCAGCUUGCGAGGAUUGGAGCAAACACGAGGAGCUCUCGUAUGGCUGGGAGCGUGCCAUAGACUCCAAGGGUCGUUCCUAUUACAUAAACCACCUGAAUAAAACGACCACGUACGAGGCACCCGAGUGCAUACGCUGGGAUGAGCAUCCUCCGGAGCCACGACAGGUUCAACUCCAGCGGAAUGCCAGCCUGGGUUUUGGAUUCGUGGCUGGGAGUGAACGACCCGUAAUCGUGCGAUUUGUGACGGAAGGUGGUCCUAGCAUCGGAAAACUGCAGCCGGGCGAUCAAAUCUUGGCGGUGAAUGGCGAGGAUGUGAAGGAUGCGCCGCGCGAUCAUGUCAUCCAGCUGGUGCGAGCCUGUGAGUCGCAAGUCAAUCUCCUGGUGUGCCAACCCAUGGCGCACUGCGUCCUGCCUGGCAGAAAAUCCACACUUCUUUCAGCGGGCAAGCGAGCCAAGCUGAGAUCGCGUCCUAGUCGAGUUCGAUUCGCCGAGAGUGUCUGCGUCAACGGAGCUCCACUGUUUCCACCGUCGGCCUUCUCCCUUGGUGACAUCUGCGUACCCCCGAUGGCCAAUGUGCUGAAGGUGUUCCUCGAGAACGGGCAGACCAAGUCCUUCAAGUACGAUGCCACCACCACGGUGCAGGACGUGGUCAGCUCGCUGCUGGACAAGCUGUGCCUGUGCUGUGGCGAGCUCUUCAGCCUGGUGCUGGAGCACGUGAAGAGCCUCAAGCGCAACAAGCUGACCCUCCUGGAUCCGCAGGAAUCGCUGGCCAGGAUUGCUGCGCGUCCGGGAGCGCACAAAUUGAGGUGCCUAUUCCGCAUCACCUUCGUGCCCAUCUCGGCCGCGGAACUGGCGCAGCGGGAUCUGCAUGCCCUGGACUAUCUGUACUUGCAGUGCUGCAACGACGUCAACCAGGAGAGAUUCGCCCCAGAGCUGCAGCCGGAAUUGGCCCUGCGCUUGGCCGCCCUCCACAUGCACCAGCACGCCCUGGCCAACAACUUUGCGCCCGCCAAGCUCACCGUCAAACUAGUCGAACGCGAGUUCGGACUGGAGCGCUUUGUGCCAGUGAGUUUGUUCGAGGGCAUGAAGCGGAAGGAACUGCGCCGGCUGAUUUCUCACUUCCUCAAGCUCAACGCGGAGAUGACUGGCUCCUCCAGCAAGGUUCUCACACAACUGCAGGCCAAACUCCAUUAUCUAGAUAUAAUCGCUAGCUUACCAAGCUAUGGAGCCAAAUGUUUCAGCACAAACCAAAGAGAGGGCGUCGAACGCGUCCUGCUGGUGAGUCCACGCUUUGGACUCAGCCAGAUAUCCAGUGCCCGCAAUUCGGUGCAGCCCCAGCCUAUUUCCGCCAUCGAGGACUUCACCCAUGUGGUGGUGAAUCGCGAGGACGAUGUCACCUGCAGCGUAUCCAUAUUCAUGCUCGGAGAUCGAGCAGUAAAGUUCAUAAUGGAGGAUCGAGAUGGCUGCGAGUUUAGCCUUGUCCUAGGCGGCUACUACCGACUGCUGACAGGUAAUGUUUUAAAUAUUCUGCGAGAACGGGAACCGAACGACGAGGACAAUGCGCCGGGCUUCCUAUCCCAGCAUACAGUGCUCCCAGCGGGAUGGAGCUACCUGCUCCCCUUCCACACUCGAGCGCACAGCGUUAACUUCCUGAUGGCGCCACCCUACCAUCCGCUAGUCCAAAGGGGUCAGCUACAGCAGCAGUCCUCCAUUCAAGCGCCUUCCUCACUGCCCUACGUCAUGGAUCUGGAUUUGCACAGCGUGAUGGCCACCGAGCUGCUGGAGGAGGCAGCCAAGGAUUCGGGACUGAGUGACAGCAGUGGCAGCAACUACUGCGAAGGACGCAGCCAUUUGGGCAGCCAUCAACUGGAGGCUAAGAACGAGCAGGUUCUGAGGAGGGUUCAGGAACUGCAGCACCUAGUUCAGACCUCAGAGCAAUAUCUGAGUGAACAGGAGCAGGGCGGCGGCGGAGGAGGCGUGGCCAUGCUGGAAUUCGAUUCGGAUUGCGAUAGCCUCAACAGCAGUAAGGUUUCAUCGACGGAAGGGUCGCAGGGUGGAACGAUUCUGGGACCUGGCGCUAUCAUUCCGUCAGGACAUCCUUUGAAACAUAGCGAUUCCCUGACGCUAUUGGCGGAGACCAUUAACCACGAGUUGAGUGGCAUAACCCAGGGACUGAACGCCAUACCCGAGUCUGCUCCAGUCUCCACAUCUGCUCCUGCGACUCCAGCUACGCCCAAGCGAAAGCCAAGUCUGUGCAGCACUUCCAGCCCGAGACCGCAAAGGAAACUGAAUGGUUUUAGCCAGCUAUUGAGUGACUUGCAAGCCCUGGGCACCGAUUUCUCCCAGAGCGAAAGUGAUUCGGAAUCUGUGGCCUCACCGGCGCAAUCUCCUACAACCAGAAGACCGCAGAUGAUGCUGCUUCAGGCAGCGGGAUCUUCCGCUGGAUCCGGAGCACCAGCCAAACAGCAACUGUCGCAAAGGAGCAGCUUUGGCUUGCACAGUCCCGAUGGCACACAUUUCGGUGCCGAAACCAAGGACUACAAUCUAAGGGAGUAUUUGCAGCAACUGAAGGAGAUUAGCAAUGCGGCAUCGGCGGACACAGAUGUUGCUGCCCGUCAGCUCUCCGAGAUUUAUGGAUUUGAAGUGAGGGAAGAUACAUUCAUUGAAACCGAUACGGAUCUUAUAGAUCUGCGUGCCAUUCCGCCACCUCAAACCCCCGAUGAGUUGGAUUCCCUGUCGCUGAUGAAUGCAGCUCCCCCAAAGGGAUUCGAAGGCAAGGCUGAGGAGCUCGACAGUUUCCUGCAGCAGAUAAUGGUGGCACCACCCACGCAGAAAGCGACACCCGCCAAGGAACUGACGCCCGAGGAGAUAAUGUCUUUCAUCAUACCACCACCGCCCAAUUUGGAGCAACAGCAGGUGGUUGCACCGGUGGAAACCGAGUGCCUGUAUAGCAAUUCUGUUCAGGCAAAGAGGGAGUUCUUCCAAUCGGUUGCCAAUGGCAACAAUGGAACUGGUACUCACUCACCCCACGUUAUCGAGUAUGCCACUGUGGAGAGGAAGAGCAAGUUCAGCUGUUGUCCCACCAGCAAAAAGGAGGAGCAGCCAGGUCAGGAGGAACUGCAACCACCGCCGAGAACACCCACUACAGAGCAACUUUCCCCGCCGCCGGCGAGACCACCGAAAAGUGCCGAGCUCCUGCAGCGCUAUUCGCCCAAAAAACAAGUGCGUAUAGCCGCAAGUCCAGUGAUGCAGCCGCAGGAGCGGCGGGAACUCUGUCCGCCACAACUGCCGCCGAGAGGAAGUCCCACGCUGGAUGGGAGCCAGAGCAGUCCCACAAACGCGGUGAGUGGUCCCAAGAAACCCCCGUUGCCGCCCAUCGCCUGUCGCCCGCGUCCUUCGAACGGAGUGAAUUCUCCGAACUCCUCAUCACCCGGAUCAGCACCACCUGCCCACUACUCACCACCCAUUCCGGCCACCGUUCGUCUGCCCCACUUGAACCAAGCCAACGGAACACUUCCCCUGCUCCCCAAGAAACCGCAGCAGCUGCACGGCGAGAAGUUGUUCAUUAAAAACGGUCACCUAAUCGAUGGCGAGGCGCUGUUGGCCAAAACAGAUGUGGCCAUGGCCGGCCUGCUAAUUAAGUUGGACCAGGUGGCCGCCCAGUGUUCGGUGGCUCAGGCGGCGGGAGGAGGAACCUCCAUCGACGAGGAGAAGUUCCAGCGUGCUAGGAACGAGCUCACCGAACAAACGUUGGCCCUGGUCACGGCUAGCAAAUUCCUGGUGGCCUCCAUGUCGGACAUGACAUUGAUUACGCUGCCAGAACAUCUGACUUCCUGCCUGACAGCCAUUCGAAGGAUAACUGAGCUGGCCCAGGAUAUGACCAGGCACACUUCGGCUCCGUUGCAAACCAGGAACAUUGUGCUCAAAGUACACGAUGUGGCGAGUAGUUUCAGGGAGCUGGUAGGCGUGGAGAUCGGACCCAUUGGCGCAGGACAAUUGGCCCUGCAGGCCGAGUGUCUGGCCAAUGUUCUGGCUACUCUGCUGCGAUCCCUGCGCGUAUUCUCUCCAUAACCCAGAGAGAUCGAUGGCAGCGCAAAUGGAGAGACAAUCGAAUGCGACGACAGAAGUGAAAGUGGAAGUGAAACCCGAAAUAGCAAUUUAUCCAGUCCCGACAUAUCGCACGCUCGUCUGUCUAUGUGUAAAACUCCUUACACCACCUACGUCUAGAUGUGCAUGAAGCCCCAAAAACAUAUGCACGCACAUAUUAAUCCAAAAAUACAUCGACUCUCGAAACUAAUUUACAGGUAAAGGGCCGCGUCAGAGAAUCGAUGGUCUGAUGGCUCUUUAGGCUUAGCCAGGCUUUAUCCUCACCUGCGACUUAUAUCGAAUCUGGAAUGUGGCAGCUCAUAAGAGGGGAUCUUAGUCGAUGUGGUGGAGUGUUUAAAGAGCUUGGGGAUAUAUUUUGCUGAAAUACAUAUCGCAACUAUUAUGUGGACGCACAGAUGAAUGGCAAGGAAUAUUUCAAACGGGAUAGAGCCUAAAUAUCUGUAACAUAUCUUAGACUUGCAAACUUUCGAAAGAAUAUUAAAUUUUAUUAUAGUUUUCAAAUUAGCAUGGAACGUACAACACUACAUAUCUACAAAUGUGUGAAUUGUUCGGUUUUUUGCCACUUGCAAUAUUCUUUUUUUCAUUUUUCGAAAUUGCCAUAUCGUGUUAUAUAUCUCUAUUCUUUAAUCGUGCCACCACAUCUCUAGGACCUUCUAAAAAAUAUUUCUAAAUAAAAACGAUAAAUUAUCAUAAAAACACUCUCUUAACUUAACGCAUGCAACUAACUCGAAUUUCUCUCUAAUCUCCUAAAACAAACAUAUAUUUUUAACUAUAUUUAUAUCACUCUCGAAUCGUUAGAACUGCUCUGUAUACCAAGUCCCUUAAGAAAAGAACUCAACCAAUUCCUCAGCCCAAAAGAGGAACCCCAUUUAAUGAAACACCAUGACUUGAUUAUCUAGACCAAUUUAUAUGAGAAACUUACGGAAAUAUGUUUAUUAAAUUAUGCUAUUAGUAUAUUUUCUUAUGUACAUAAUUUACACACAUACCUAAUACCAUAUACAUAUAUACAAGUACUAUACAUAUAAAUACUAUAAUAAAAUUGACCAAACAAUAAUCAAAAUUUUAACUUGUGAUAUAAAAAAAUUGAAAAAGUAAAAGCAAAAAAAUUAAUUAUUGAAAACAAAACUUUUACAUUUUCUUUGUUUAACAACAAAUGUUUUAACAGAAUUAUUUUAUACGUUCGUUGUUGUUAGAAACGAUCAACCUUUUUGUUAUUGUUUAUGUGUCAUAUCUUUUGUUGUAGUUGUUGCUGAAGUAUGUACAAGAAUGCGCAUUAAGUUGUAGCUUUAACUAAUUAUAUUAUGGUACACAAUAUGAUUAAACUUUAAUCAAAGUAAGCAGAAACUCAAGAAUAAUCCGUUUAAAUAUAACUAAUCGAUAAUCCAUUGUUUUCAUUUUGUUUUGGAUUUUUCGUUGAAACAAGCACACACGUAUGCAUAAUAAACAUAACCGUAUGACAUAUACAAACAAGAUAUAUACAAAUAUGAACUAAAAUAAUAAUACCAAUUAAGUAAAACAUAAUCAAAUGUACAAUGUAAAACAAUGUAACUGUUUAUGAUUUAAUGAAAACAAAUACAAAAUACAUAUGAAA